CGUCCGUCUUCCACCGCUCUCCUAUUUAAAGCCCGUGCGCUUCUUCCUCCACGCAUCUGCUCGGCGCCGCUUCCUUUGGGUUCCCCUGUUCUCUACAUCUCCACAUACCUUCCCUGGUUUCCUGCAACAAGAAUACUAGUCUUGCCUUUUAACGGAGAAUACAGAACAGAUCGCUCGCCGCUGCCGCAGCCUCUUCUUGCCUUCAAAUCAAGGUGUGGAUGAAUUAAUGGAGUCUAAAGGCGGGAAGAAGAAGUCUAGCAGUAGUAGUAGUUCAUUACACUACGAAGCUCCCCUCGGCUACAGCAUCGAAGACGUUCGACCGCACGGUGGAAUCAAGAAGUUUCAGUCCGCUGCGUACUCCAACUGCGUGAGGAAGCCAUCCUGAUAGCCCUUCAUGCCCUCUUCCGUAGAGUAGGAUUUCCGUGCAUUCUGUGUUGUUUCUCUUGCGUUUACCAGUCUUUGGCUAGCUGCUUUCUGAUAACCGAAGCUCUCUCGUUCUCUCUUCUUGUCUCCCACUGCAAUCAACCCUCACCGUUGUUCUUGCACUCACUCAAUGGCAUUCUUGAUGGAUGAUUCGGCGGCCCCUCCCCUGGUUUCGCCAAUUGGGUUCGAGGGGUACGAGAAACGACUAGAGAUUACCUUCUCUGAUGCUUCUGUCUUUUUGGAUCCCCGUGGCCGGGGACUGCGUGCCCUCUCUCGGGCGCAGUUAGAUUCCAUUCUGGAUCUGGCACUGUGCACCAUCGUAUCUCAGCUCUCGAACAAGGAUUUCGAUUCCUAUGUCCUCUCUGAGUCGAGUCUUUUUGUGUACCCCUACAAGAUCAUUCUAAAGACGUGUGGGACAACAAAGCUCCUUCUUUCUAUUCCUAGGAUCCUUGAGCUUGCAGCAGAGCUAUCUCUUUCUGUUCACUCUGCAAAGUACUCGCGCGGGACGUUCAUUUUCCCGGGCGCUCAGCCAUCUCCACACCGCAGCUUCUCGGAGGAAGUCUCUGUCCUGAAUGGCUUCUUUGGCAGCCUCCAGUCAGGGGGUAAUGCUUUUGUGAUUGGUGAUGCAGCGAUGCCGAGCCGGAAAUGGCACGUAUACCAUGCUACGGAGAAGCCCGAGGCGCCUAUGAUUACUCUGGAGAUGUGCAUGACCGGACUGGACCCUGAGCGAGCAUCAAUCUUCUUCAAGAACUCGGUCGACGGCCACGUUUCUUCUGCCAAGGAGAUGACAAAGCUCUCCGGAAUCUCUGAUAUUAUCCCGGAGAUGGAGAUAUGCGACUUUGAUUUCGAGCCCUGUGGGUACUCGAUGAACGGGAUGCACGGCCCAGCAUUCUCUACUGUCCAUGUGACACCGGAGGACGGCUUCAGCUACGCCAGCUACGAAGCCAUGGGGUUCAACCCCGACUCCUUGUCGUAUCAUGACCUGAUCGAAAGGGUCCUCAGUUGCUUCGGCCCAUCUGAGUUCUCUGUCGCAACCACUGUUCUAGGAGGAGGCUCCUUUUGGGCGAACAAGGUCGAUAUCUAUGGCUACAGCUGUGAUAACAUGGUGGAGCAGGAGCUGCCAGGUGGUGGGCUGUUGGUGUACCAGACCUUUGCUGCGUCCUCUGCGACUCCAAUGUCACCUAGGUCCAUCCUGAAUGACUGGCAAGGAAAAGACGACAAUGGGUUCUCAUCGGAGGGUGAGGUGGUGAUGGACGACUGAGGAGAAGAUGAGAACGUGGGGAUGAUUACGAGAAAUCUCGCCGAUCUUUGGUCAGUUGACAAUGGCUUUUAAAGCAAAGCAGCCUGCCAGGCUAUUAGUAAUAUUUGCUUGUGUUAUAUGCUUUUGUUUUAGCUCAGAAUAAAUGUUCUACGUGGCUUGCUGUGUCUGCCACAAUGAGCAGUGCUAUGCUAUCUUGGGUGUUGGAAAUUCUGAUAAAAAGCUUUCGAACUUGGAAUUC